CCUGGCAGAGCACCAUGGGCAAUUUCAAAGGGCAUGCCCUCCCUGGAAGCUUUUUCCUUCUUUUUGGCUUGUGGUGGUCAGUGAAGUAUCCACUGAAGUAUGCCUGUAGGAAAAACAAGAACGUUUGCUACCUGGGUUCCAGGGCAGGAUUUCAGCGCCUGGAGUUUGUGGAGGGGAUCAUCAAAGCUGUCUUUGCUCUGAUUGGAAUGGUUGCUGAGCAGUUUGUUCCUGAUGGACCUCACCUGAAGUUGUACAAUUAUGAGGAAAAGCACUGGGAUCACUUGAUGAACUGGCAACAUGCCACCAUGUACCUCUUCUAUGGCAUUUCAGGGCUGGUUGACAUCGUGGCUCAUGGCACCAACACGUUGCCAGUGGCCAUGGACAGGAUGAUGCUUUCCUUGGCAGUGUUUAUUGAAGGUUUUCUCUUUUGCUACCAUCUUCAUGGGAGAGCCAUGCUGGAUGUUCACGUUCACCAGUUAUUGCUGUUUGCUGUCUUUGGAGCUGCUCUUUGCAUUUUUCUGGAAGUUUUCUUCCGUGGCAGUAUUGUGCUAGAGAUGCUCAGGACAAGCCUCUGCAUACUCCAAGGCAGCUGGUUCUGGCAGAUUGGUUUUGUGCUUUAUCCUCCAAAUGGGAGCCCAGAGUGGAAUCAGAUGGAUCACACCAAUAUGAUGUUCCUGACCAUGUGCUACUGCUGGCAUUAUGCCUUUGCUUUCCUUAUACUUGCAGUGAAUUACACCAUUGUCAGCUGGGCAGUUCGUUCAAAGGUUAAGCAGUCCCAGCCCAUGGAAAUGGGAUUACUGAAAACAUCUGAACGAGAUCAGGAGUCAGAAGAUGAAAUUUAGUAUGAACAUGGCUUGACUAGUUUACCUGCUCUACCAUUAGGCUUACUGAUACCUCAUUUCUAGAUUUGUUUGCCAUCUUAUUCAUUAACUACAACUUGCUAUGCAAAUAUCAUCCAACGAGUACUGUCUCCAUCUACACAGCUCCAUCUUUACUUGUGGGGACUAAACUUGGAAUUAAUUUGCAGUGGUACCUUGCUUAUCACAUGCUUCAAAGAAAAUCAGGCUAACAUUAGAUGGACUGCAUGAGGUGGCACGAUGAAGUCUCUGUGUUUGCCACA